AUGAGAGACGGUGCAUUCAUAGUCUCAAUCGCCGCAGCAUGUCUCGUUGCGUUUGGGCUCUUCUUUCCUUACUUUUACCUCCAGCUCUAUGGCCUAGAUAAAGCUCUUAACGCAGACCUCGCAUUUUACGCUAUCGCCAUAUUGAACGCCGGAAGCAUAGUUGGCAGAUUGCUACCCAAUUCCUUCGCGGAUCGCGUCGGGUCAUAUAACUUGAUCGUCCCAUGUCUACUAGCUACCUCCGUCCUUCUCUUUACAAUGUUGAGCGUGCAUACUUCAGCCGGACUCGUCGUAUUCGGCUUACUCUACGGGUGUAUGUCUGGCUCAUAUCUGUCAUUGAUUCCUUCUAUUAUCGCUCAGCUAAGCAAGAACUCUGGUCAACCCGGACUUAGGAUGGGGUUUGCUUUCACCAAUGUGGGGUUCUGCAUGCUUCUAGGUACACCUAUUGAAGGGGCAUUGCUACAUGGUACCUCCGCCCGCGGUUUCGUAUGGACAAGAACGGUAAUCUUUAGUGGAGUAAUGGUGUUAAGCGGAGCAAUCGGGAUGCUGGUCUCUCGUUUUCUGCACGUUCGUGCUCAAGGUAGUGGAACCCCUCGACAGUUGGUUUGA